AAAAUAUGUGAAUGUUUACUUUUCAUGCUAAACAAAACUGCCUCAUUAUUCUUCAGCUUUGACGGUCUCUAUCGACACUGCUCUGGAUUUGAGACCCCACAAUCCGUGUUCCUGAUUUGAACUUCAUAUGUAGGUAAGACAGAGAGAGAGAGAGAGUUUUAAAGAACCAGCCGAUAUUGGCUGCAAUGCAAAUGACCUGAAGUAAAAGAAAGGUACGGUUUCUUGAGUUUUUAGCAUCUGUGUUCUUGUUUGUAGAGUAAUUAAUGGUGCAAGUGUCGCUGCAUUUGCCCGCUGAAUGUAGAGGAUCUUAUCGGCGUUACUGGAAUCAGUUUACUGAUCGAAGUCUGGGUCUUUUAAAUUCUACUCUAAAUUUAGCAAUUUGGGUGUUGCUUUAAAGGUUGCCUCUGUGAAGUGGCUUUGGUCUUGUUUGUGAUUCCUGAUCUGAUUUUUAGCGGGUAAAGAGAUUGGAAAUCUGGGUUUAGCUAAAAACCCCGAAAGUGAUUAGGGUCUGGCUCCAAAGAGGUUACUGUGAUUUCAAGUAUGAAUGUUUGGUGACUUUUCAGAGCAUGGUUGGUGAAGUUUUGGUGAUUUGAAUCUAUCUUGGUUUUAAAAUUUGUUCAUUUUGGAGUUAUUUCUUGAAAUUGAUGGGUGUGUUUUGAUCAAAACCUUGCCUUUCGUACUGGAAUUGGGAGAACUUUGUGAAAAGCCAAUGAAAGUUUAAAUUCUGUGAUGUGAAUUUAAAGUCGCUUAAUCUGGAACUGUAGUGAUGGCAACUGUAUCUCCAUCCCCAAAUUCACCCCCCUCUGCUACUCCACCGCCUUUAAACAGUACACCACCACCAUCCACUACUAGUUCACCACCACAAGCCUCCUCUCCUCCUCCCACUUCCCCACCUUCACAGCCCAAUGCCAAUCCACCAGACCCAAGAACCCCUCCUGCUUCAUCACCACCACCCCAAACCCCUCCUCCUGCCACACCAUCAACCCCUCCACCACAACCACCACCUCCUAUGACAUCACCUUCUCCGCCUUUAUCCAGUAGUGAUCCUCCAUCAAACUCCAAUUCUCCUCCACCACUAUCAGCAACUCCGCCCGUGGGCUCACCUCCACCACCACCACCACCAUCUAAUCCGCCAUCAACUGCAUCUCCACCACCACUGUUGAAUCCACCUACAAGUUCCUCUCCACCAUCACCAUCAACAACACCACCUCAAAAUUCUCCACCACCAUCAUCGACACCACCACCUCAAAGUUCAUCUCCACCACCGCCUCAAAUCUCAUCUCCACCACCAUCACCAUCACCGCCACCUCAGAGUUCACCUCCGCCACCAUCUCCGCCAUCUCAGAGUUCACCUCCACCACCAUCAACACCGCCACCUCAGAGUUCACCUCCACCACCAUCAACACCGCCACCUCAGAGUUCACCUCCAUCACAACCCUCAUCUAGGCCACCUCAAAAUUCACCACCACCACCUCCUCCGACCCCCCCACCAGCAUCCUUGUCACCUCCUCGAAGAUCACCUCCACCACGAGCAUCAACUCCACCUGAGAAUUCACCACGUCCACCAAUUUCAAUAGCCCCUCGUCCCAGUAAUGUGCCCCCACCUCCUAGGCUUACUCCUCCAACUUCUCCUCAAGCAACACCUGUCCCAUCAGAUUCCAAUCCACCAGCAUUGUCACCGCCAAAAAUAAGAUUGGCUCCGCCUCCACCCGCACUUGUGUCCACGCCAUCACCCACGAACAAUACCGCCUCUAAUUCACCUGGAAGUUCAAACUCCACAGGUAAUGGGGGCAUCGGUACUGGAGGUAUGGUGGCUAUUGGUGCAGCAAUAGGAAUUAUAAUGCUCAGCCUUGUUGGACUGGCUCUCUGGUGCAUGAGGAAGCGGCGAAAAGAGAUUUCUGGACUCAAUGGUGUUUAUGUUAUGCCAUCUUCUUUGGGCUCUUCUCCAAGAUCAGGUUCAACUUUCACAAAGACUCAUUCUACGGCUCCCCUAAUUGCAAGUGGUUCUAGCAGUGAUUGUGUUUCUUUGCCAACUGAAUCAAGCGGAUUAGGUAAUUCAAGGCCUUUGUUUGCGUUUGAAGAGCUAGUCAAGGCGACAAAUGGGUUUUCAUCCCAAAAUCUUUUGGGAGAAGGUGGAUUUGGUUCUGUAUACAAAGGUUACCUUCCAGAUGGGAGAGACGUGGCAGUGAAACAGCUAAAAAUUGGUGGAGGGCAAGGUGAGCGAGAAUUUAAAGCUGAAGUUGAGAUUAUUAGUCGCGUACACCACCGCCAUUUGGUUUCUCUAGUGGGCUACUGCAUAUUUGAGACCCGAAGAUUGCUCGUAUAUGAUUAUGUCCCUAACAAUACCCUUUAUUUCCAUCUUCAUGGGGUGGGUGGGCUGGCUCUGGAUUGGGCAACACGUGUUAAGAUUGCUGCUGGAGCAGCUCGGGGAAUAGCUUAUCUCCAUGAAGACUGUCAUCCUCGGAUUAUUCACAGGGAUAUUAAGUCGUCAAAUAUUCUCUUAGAUAACAACUAUGAAGCUAAGGUUUCAGACUUUGGGCUUGCCAAAUUAGCUCUUGAUUCAAACACUCAUGUAACAACUCGUGUUAUGGGAACCUUUGGAUACAUGGCCCCUGAAUAUGCAUCAAGCGGCAAAUUAACAGAGAAAUCUGAUGUAUUCUCAUAUGGAGUUGUGCUUUUGGAGCUAAUCACUGGACGGAAGCCUGUGGAUGCAUCCCAGCCCAUGGGAGAGGAGAGUCUUGUUGAAUGGGCUCGACCUUUGCUAAAUCAUGCACUAGAAAAUGGGGAACUUGAAAGUUUGGCAGAUCCAAGGCUCGAAAAGAACUACAUUGAAAGUGAAAUGUUCCGAAUGAUUGAGGCUGCUGCAGCCUGUGUGCGGCAUUCAGCUUCUAAGAGGCCACGGAUGGGACAGGUUGUUAGAGCUUUUGAUACUUUAGCGACAGCAGAUCUAACCAAUGGAAUGAGAGUGGGAGAAAGUGAGUUAUUCAACUCUGCACAACAAUCUGAAGAAAUUAGACUGUUUCGAAGGAUGGCAUUUGGUAGUCAAAAUUACAGUAUAGAUUGUUAUAGCCUGGAUAAUUAAAGAGCACAUGGUAAAUAGUGUUAGAGGUAAAUUCAUCUAUGAACAGUAGGAUUCAUGAAUUUUGAGAUGGAACAUAUACAAGCUCACGAUGUACAGGUUGGUCUCUGAAAUGAACUUUCUCCUGUAGGGGUUGGAUUUCAAGCCCUUGAUACUGGUAGCUAGGUUAUUUUAAUUUUCCCACGUCACAGGUGCUGUAAUUCUUUCUUCUUGUAACUAGCGUCUGCAAAUUUUUGUUCUGAACAGUAUUUUUUGUGUUAAUAAAAUCUCGAUUCAAUUUUGUCCAUUCA